AUGGGAGUGAAGCGCUCACGCUCGAAUUCUUUCUCAUCCAUAGACGCUCCAAGCUCGCCAUCCGCAAGAGAAAGCUCAGUCGAUGUCAAGAUCGUCCAUCUGGAUGCCGACUCCGGGCUCUCAGCAAAAACUGUGGCCAUGAAGUGCUCGCUCCCACCACACCAGCCCAUGACAUUUGGCACUUUCGAGGAGUACGAUGUGCAUUAUCAGAAAGUGCAUACGCAUCGGUGUUCUGAAUGUCAUAAGAACUUCCCGGACGAGCACUUCUUGCAUCUGCAUAUAGAAGAGAACCAUGACCCCAUCAAAGCUGCACUGAGAGAGAAAGGGGAGAAGACAUACUCCUGCCUCCUCCCCACCUGCCCCCGCCUCUGCCUCACCCCGCGCACCCGCCGCCUGCACUGCAUCGACGCCCACGACUUCCCGCGAACCUACGACUUCUUCAUCAUAAACGACGGCAUCGACCGGCGCAGCAGCAUGCUCCGCGCCCAAAGACGACGACCAUCUACCCUCGAUUCGACUCGCCAUGUCGGUAAUGCUAGCGGAGGCAAUUCAGACGAAGGGAAAGGGCGAAAGGGGAGGAAGAGAUCGAGUACUGUGACUUCGGGCGUUAUGGACAUUGUCGUCGAUGACGGAGAUGGUGAAGACGGCGAAGCCCGCGAGGAAGGAAAAGAAGAAGAUGAUGAGGGUGUUGCAGAUGCCGACGACGAUAAUGCCAAAACACCUCCCCACCUCUCUCCCACUUCCCCCACCCGAACUAUCAAGCUCGGCGGCCGAGGCGGAAUCGGCCUCGGACGCAGCAUUCCCAGGCAGAGGACGCGAACACCACAAGCUUCGACGUCGACUUCGACUGCAGACCCACUAGUAGAGUCGAGCAAGACGACGGCGCCAGCAGACGAUGCAAUGGAAGGUCUAGCGAGCAGGAUGUCGGCUUUGCAGUUUGUGCCGCAUAGUGUACGGAUGGCGCAGGGGAGGGGUAGGGGGAGAGGGAGCGGGCAUGGUAGGGGUAGGUGA